CGGACACCACACACACACACCAUACUCUGCCAGCAGCGCCCAGCGAGUCUACUCUGCGCAGGAAAAUGCGGUAGCAGGAGAGAGAUGCUGCAGGCUGACCCUGGACACAUUUUCAUCGUCUCUCUCCUGCUAGCUCUAAAAUAAAGGUGGUUUAAGUGGGUUGCACCCUGCGUGCGGAAAUGCCCAACAUGCCAGUCCAGACUCAAAAGGAGAGAGGAUUUCUGCUUUAACUUCAGCGUUGCUAUGCAGAAGCAGCAGAGACAUUAAAAAAAACGGUUUUACAGGCUUUAUGCAUUUUUAAUAGCCUUGACGGGAUAGAUCUCUUUGCUAUCAGGUCAUAAAUCCUCCGGGAGAUUUCAAAGGCUAGCCUGAAUGUGUCACCCUUCAGAUCUUCCUCUCAUCAGGACAGUAAGAUAGUGCUGGCUAUAUUUUCUGGCCACAGCCCAUUCAAACUAUGUACUUCCUUCUUUGCGGGGAGAAUAGAAAUUGAAUGGAGAUCCCAGCUUUGAAACAGAGAAUUUCCUUUUCGUAAAGGGAAAGGGGGAGACUGAGCCCGACAGAGACAUAUGAGGCAAGAUUCCUCCCUGCCCUGAAAGUUGGCUCAGCUUCCAUCAUCAAAAAAAAGAUUCACUGAGCAUAAAGCAAACUUCCAUGUUACACAUACCCAGCUAUACUUGACCUGAUAGCUGCUGCAGACCAGCUAUGGUUCAUUUCAUCCGUAUGCAGACAGCAACAAGGCAGAGGUCUCCAGCUAUGUUACUUGGCUCAAGGUACUUCUGAGUUCACAGAGACAGGCUGCUUUCCUGCAACUCCUCUGGGUUGUCUUGAGAGGACGGGAAUUGAAUCUGAAAGUACCAUUUAAGAGUUCUACAGUUAGGCAAGAACAACUCCCACCAAGGCAAAUUCUAGCUGCUGGAUUUUAUCAGGCUGCUUUCCAGCCUCAACUCCCCUACAUCAGCAGACAGGACUUUUGCACAACACGACAUGCAAACCAGAAAGCAAUCCAGCCAGGUAAAAUACAACCCUGCUGUCAGAUAACCUAUCAUAAAGGCAAAGCUGUUCCCAGCAGCCUCAACGGAAACACCCGUUCAGCAGUAAGAGAGCUGAACUUCACCCUGCUUUGUGCUAUCAAGGGCCAGAUCCAUGAAAAGUCAUUUUUUCUAAUCAUAAUUACCACCGUGCAACACUACUGGUUUUAGGCGAGGAUGAGUCUAUCUUCCAUUCGAAGUUCAAGCUCUCUGUUCUGUACCAUUUGCAGCCCAGGCAGUGCACAAGUGAAGCAGGAAAGCCUCACGUACCACGCUUGUGUACGCUCCCCAGCUCCCAGCUCUGCAGCUAGCCCGUUUAGAUCCCCCCUCCUUAUCACAACCCAACUUGCAAUGCGAACGUUACCCAUUUAAAUCCAGUUUCAAGCCAGGUUAAGUCAAAGCAGGAUCCUGUGAUCCUGGCUGUCACAGGCAGAGUUUCUUUGUGUUGCUGAGAUGCCAUGACAACACCGCAUUCUUUCACAACCACAGGGACCAGUAAAUGCUUCCAAGCCCAUUCGAAUGACCCCUGGGGAUUCUGGUUGGGUAACACUGAAGACACUGUAUGGACCGGUUAAACACCCUUUUGGGGAAGUGAAUGCUUUGACACUGUGACUGUUCUGCUUGGUGUGACAACAAGCCAGCCCCUGCACACCCAAGCCAGGAACACCCUGUCGCUGUGCACCAGCGCUCACAAAGCUCACCAGAGUCACAAGUGACAAAACCCUCCGAAAAUCCUUCGUUAAGCAUACCGAGCUUAAAAUUCCAGCCCUGAAAGGGGGCGUGGGGGGAAUCAAAUGUGGCCACAUCCUACAGGAAGAGGAAGAAGUCUUUACAAAUGAGUAAAAUUGUUUUAAGAACACGUUAUUAUGCCGCUCAGUGUCUGUCUGUUGUUUCCUCACCCUCAGUCGAUAUCCGUGGGCUAUCUCUUGCUGUGUGCUUAGAUUGCAAUGUUUGGUUUGAAAGCUUUCUGGAGCAGGGAGUGCCCUUAGGUUUUGUGUUUGCACAGUGCAGUCCUAGUUUGUGAUUACUGCUCCAAAGUGCUUCAGCACUGAGUCAUAAAUUAGUUAGUGUCUUAACGACCAGCAGUGUUUUGGUGGUCUGAUGACUGGGGUAUCAGAAGAGAAUGACAAGGCACUCAUGGUGCCAUCAGAGAACGACACUGUCAAGCUGUUAUUCUUGAUAACAACACCCAAAUGCAAUGCCAAUAAAGCUGCCACGCUGAAGAUCUCCCCCGCUGCAGUCACAGCUCCCCCUUUCAGGAGCUGGCUCCUAGAGUAGCAUCAGUGAUAAAAGUCUCCAGGUCAUCAACAACUCAUAGGAAUAUCGAGAGAUUGCUCCAGAGGGAACUUGUUCUCUUACUGCCCCAACUGCAGGCACUGUAUGUGAUGUACAGAUGCCCAGACACGAGUCAUGUCAAGACAAGGUGCUUAUUGAACCCGAAGGAUUAGAUUUGUACUUCCUGUGUCACUCAGGUGAUAAAGCUCACUAACGCCACAGCUCAUCCACCUGCUAGCUUGAAAGCAACUUUUCCAAAAGGCGACGGCUGGUGAUUUGAAGGAUUCAUUUGUUACAGAGGCUGGUACCUUGGUACAGUUCAUUACCCUGCAGCAGGAACCCUCCUGCUAUAACUCAGUGCAUUGUGCCUAAUUUGAGGUUGUUUAAUUGAUGUCUUUAAUUUUCUGCCACUGCCCACUUCCGAAGCACUGGAACAGCUCCCUUGAACCUGGUAGGAUUUUCCUGUUAAUGUUAAGUCACCACCCUCUUCGCCUUAUGUUGGAUAAAAUGAAUCCUCAGACUCUUCAUAAUCAAGUGGCUUUUCUGGACGCCUUGAACCACUCCUGUGGCCUCACUCUGCUCCAAUGCCCUCAGCAAAUCGCAGAGGUCAUGCACUGGCACCAUUCGCACUGCAAAGUCACGUCUCCAUCAGAGCUGGAAGCUGCUGUGAUGGGUCUCACCUGAACUACACAGCUACACCUCUCCUUCCUGCAACGACGCUGAGCAGUCUUAGUAUUGAGGGGAGCACCACAGGACCCGCAGGAACAGCCGGAGGCUGCUUGCCCAGGGGGACAGAGCCAGCUCUGUGUUAACAACGAGGCUCCCAGCAAGCUCCUGCCCUGCCUCCAGGAGCUGCACCUCACCACCUCACCGUUCCUCCUCACCCUGCCUGGCUGGGAAGCCCUCGGCUCGGCCCCUCGCUGCUCCUGGAGCGCUGCCUGCUGCUGGCCACGUAAUCCACUGCUGGGAAGCAGCUCCUCGAGCCCGGAACAGGCCGUGCCAGUCCUGCUACCUGAAACGCACAAAAGGCACCGGUCUAAACCCAGAGGUUUUUAGAUAACGGCACAAAACCAGCUGCCAGCGGAGCUCCUUGCACCCCCAAAGGAGCUGCUGUCACUGGAUCCUCCCUGCUUUAUUUUCCACCUGCUCAGCACAGCAAUGGGGCUCCCCGGCCCCCGGCUUGAGCCCCGUGUGCCUCCUGCCCCAUUUGCACAAGGAGCGUUCACACCCUGUGCUGCGGCUGCUGCUAUGGGAACUGCUGCCCGUUGCCACGAGCUCCUGGACAAACAAGCACACCCAGCCCAUGCAGGCGGGCUGCACGGAUCCUGCCUGGGAAGGCAUCAGCAAAAGCUCUCCGUGCCUGACGCAUGGGGGAGGCAUUCAAGCUAUGGACUUUCUCCCCUCUCCAGCCUCCUUUACAUGCAUUUAAAGCUGCUUUUUCCCUCUCCCCCAAAUUACAAGAUCUGAUGAUUACAAGAAAUCAUGAAGGAAUAACUAUAAAUAUAGCUAUAAUUAUGUAUAAUCAUAAUUACAUGGCUAAUUUUUACAUGAAAGUCAAGAGUCGCUCCUGCACCUAAAGCCUCAAGGAAAACAAACAAACAAACAAAAAUAUUGCAAUUCUCAGAGCCAAGGUGAAACUGCCAGUCCCUGCCAAUGCUGGGCUCUGCUUUUCUGGAAAUGGUGUCUCUCAGAAGAGAACGGGAAAACCCAAGUUUUGUCCCCACAGAGUGACACACGACAACAUUUUGAGCCUGGCCUGUUGCAUCUGUUGGUCAGUUCCAGCUGCUAACAGCUGGUCCGAUCUGAGCUCUGCAGGUACACACAUGGCACAGAGCGGGCACGCUGGGGCAGAGCAGAAUCCAUCCACCUCAAGCCAGCAAUACACGCUGACCAGCACAAAAAUACAGGGUAAUUACAUAGUGGUCCUUCCUCCGGCCAUACUUCUUCAGCCUCCAGCCAGCCGUCAGCUGUUUAACCCUUCCCAUGGAGGCUGCACCUCGACCAGCACGUUGAGCCGCUGGAGAGGGACGUUUCUCCCUGCUAUCCCUGCUUGCUACAGCCUGUGGCGAUGAGAUUGCACGUGGCGUGAGAUCUUCCUGUGUUCCUGUUCAAUUAACUCAAUUGCAAACUAACAGAUGCCGUUCAGAGCGGGUAUCAGCAGCGCAGCGGUACUCUGCAUUGCUACAGGAGGCUGUGGGCCUGAUCCAUGCCUCGGUUAAAGGAUAACGCCAUUGUAAUCUGAGCAAAGCGAAUGGAGCAGGGAAGGAGAGAAAUGGUCUUGCACAGUCAUCAGGAAGAAAUGCUCUUAUCAAAAUUUUGCCUCAUCUGACACAGCUUGGGCAGAGUCAGCGGCACAAUGCCAGCUUACACCAAAUGAUGCUCCGUCUCCACAGUCAGGAAGGAUUAAGGACCGACUUCUCCCAAAAUACGAAGCUUCCAACAUGACAGCCAUCCUCAAUCACCCUUGUUUGUACAGCCCUUGGCACAACCUAAUUAGGGACAACAACUGGGUGUCUUAAUAGCUACCACAAUACAAAUAACCAUCUUCACCCCAGUGACUAGGCGGGAACAAAGCUGCUCUGCAGCCUCUGGCCCCAGUUACAAAUUCCAAGAUCUUUCGCAAAAUCAAGCUGUCCAAACAGAUCUGUUGCCUAAUACAGGCUCCUAAGGAAGAAAAACAACAAAGAAUAACAUGGAGCUGUACGCAGUAUUGAGAGAUAAACUGUCCUGCAGACAGGAAGUCCGUGGGAGAGGCAGGAAUAAAACCCAUAUUGCCUCCCUCCGCUCCCUGAGCACAUAGCUACGCCUUAGCAGACAAGCGGUUGUCAAUAUUUAUUUGAAUCUUCGGCACGUUAGAUUGCAAAAACUCCAGCAGAUUUGGUGCACGCUGCUCUCCUGCUACAGAGGGUGGUUUGUACCACCAGAGGCAGCUUCUCCUGGCCGAGCACUGGGGCCAUGCGCAGCAGGGACGUUUCCCGCGUGGACCUGCAGGCAUUUUACGUGCUCAGUGCACAAAAAUGGAAGUUGCAGCUCAGCCUGCGAACGCCCAAACGGUUUUGUGAAAGGCUGAGAAGCAGAAAAGAGUCACCAAAGGCAAGGGGGUAAAGCCAGGGAGGGGAAGGAUCUCCCCAUGGAUGAGUCACAGCUGAAAAACAAAGGUAAAUAACAUUCAAAUGAUUAAUUCGUUAUGAGUAUUUUAUUACAGCUAUAAUCAUGAAGAUUAAAUGAUAACCUUUGCCUCCAGAGGGGCCAUUUCGGCUCUCAGGGGGAUGUAAGUGCUUUGUCCUAGGACCAUAAAACAGAAAAUCCCUUCCCCUGACUUGGGCUCCAGUACUUCCCAGCUGCCUGCUGCCACACUGGCCCCGUAUUUUAUCACGGUAUUUAUACCUUGACCAGCAGAACAUCUGCCUCAUGAAAACUUUCCAGCACUCACCUUUUAACCUAAAUAUAACAAACCUGAUGACUUCCAAAUGAAAGCCAAAGGAAGGUGCAAAGCCCCUUUUCCUCUAGUCCUUUCCCAGCUAAGGGCCUGGUAUCAGGUUUCACAGUAAGAGCAAAGGGCAAGACUGCAGCCUUGGACCCGAUGGGGAGCCAAGCCCUGGGUGCUGAUGGCAGCAGAGGGUGUGGCAGGUCUGUGUCAUGUAUCGCCAUAAUCAAUAAAUUUUACAUCUAAUUAUUAUUGUCAUCACUGAGUGAUCUCACCCAAGUGAGCCUCUCCAGGUAUGUGGGAGGGGAGGGAUGAUCAGCCCCAGCGCUGCGUGGAGCUGGGGCUACCCAGGGCCAUGCCAGCUGCUCACAGAAACCUCCAGCACCCAGCCAGGCUCCUCCCGACACCCACCAGCAACCCCAAAACCACCCACCAGCCACCAGCUCAGCCUGUGGCAGGCUUCCACGUUAUGCGAGGACAGCGAGGGAGGAGAGAGGUUUGGCAGAAGUGGGAGAAAAGGCAAAACAGCACUGCUUGUGCUAGGAUUGGGAGCAGCUCUCCGCGAUGCUGAGGAUGCUUUGUUCCCACAUACUGCAGGAUGCACGGCCCUUUGCCUGCAGCGAGAGGGUUGAGCAGAGCUUUACCUGGUAUAGAAAAGCUUUUUAAGGGCCAUUCAAGGCAGGACUGAGCUCCCAGUUUACUGCAUUCACCAGGCAUGCACCAGGCAUGAAUCAGUCGCGUAGAAUUUGACCCCAGGAAUUAGAAUCAGGGUGAAUCAGAUCAGGUACCAGAUUUAACAUGGAUUACAGGCUUCCUCCUGGGCUUAGCACCAGCCUGAUCCUGACACACACAUGCACGUGCAGAUGCAUGGGGCCUUUGCACGUGCACACACAGCCCAGCCGUACCACACCGUAACUGCCCUCCAAAGCCAAGACGGAGCGAGAGAAGUGGGCGAUUCCUCUCUCUGCCUCGAGGUGCUGACUUGGGCCCGUGCCUGCGCAGCAUGCGUGGUACGAACCCGCUGAGCUACGCUACAGGGCACGCCAUUUGGUGCCAAAGCUUCCCUUGCAGACAUGUCGGGACAGCAAGCAGCUCCCGACCACAUGCUGAGCUGCGAAUAGGAAGGUCCGGGAGCUAACUGGCCCCAGAGGUAACACAGCACCAAAACCACGCACGCAGCAACUGCCCCUCUGCAGCCAAGCAAGCAGUGAGCAGGAGCUGCCGUGCCGUGCCCAGGGCCUCUGCCCGUGCCGAGGAGCGCUGGGUGGCAUCACUUACAAAGCGUGCAGCGCAACAAAGCGCCCCGAGGAGAGCUGUGGAAAGGUGUGGGCAUGGCUGGAUGACUUCUUUGCCUUCAUUCCAGAAAGGUGUUGGUGGCACAAGGUGGAAAGUAAGGGAGACUGAGAUGCAGUUAAUGUAAGCAGCUGGAAAAAAAAAGUAAAAGAGAUCUUUUGCCUGAUGGUUUGGGCACAUGGCCUCUGAAAAGAGCAGGCACAAAGCAGGUGCAAGUGAGGGGCAUAGAGGCACUGGAGAAGGCAGCUUAAGCAGCUCCCACAUCUCCUUGUUCCCAGCCUGUGCUACCACAGCUGCCUCAUCAAGCAGUGACACCGUCCCCUUCUUUUCCCACUCUCAUCAUGCCUUGAUCCCAGCCCAUGGCUCCCACCUGAGGACACAAGUAGCAGGAGCCCCAGUCGUCGCAGAGAGACAAGAUACCCCCAAAGACACCUUGCCUUGUGUGCCCUCAUCAGGGUUUUUUGGCUUCCUUUAAAUUUCUGCAGUACUGAUUUUAUGAGAGGAGAUGCUGCACGCUGGGAUUGCUCUGAUCAGAGCCAACUAUCCCCACCUCGGGGCAAAAUUACAGGUUUCUGCAAUUCCCAAGGCAGAUGCCCACCUACCAACUAUCACCUUGGUGUCUUAGGUCUUCUCUCUCUCCACAGAAAGAUCCCAGCGUGUUUUAGCCUUGCAACCUGCAUGUUGCAAAACAGGUACAUGGCUUCAUAAAUAUCCAUGCAACCUCAUUAAGAGCUAAAGGCUCGCAGUACCCACUGAAACACAAUGCAUCAUUAUUUAUGCUGCAAACCAUGUGAGAAUGACACACAAUGCAGAAACAAAAUGCCUAAUUAAAAGUGACACAAGAGCACAGAGCCAGAUUGUAAUCAGAGUGGUGGAUACUGGGUGCUGUCUAAAGGAAUGAAGUCAUUUGCCCAAGUGUGGAUUGAGAAACACGAAGCAGUAAAUCCUCACACUGUCUCGUUUAUGCCUUUUUUACAAGCAGGGACAAGGAGAAAGGAGAAGCCAUUUGCCAAAGUAACAGGUCAGGUUAUUAGAAAGGAGCCAGGCAACCUCCAGGCUCCUGACAGAGCUCUGAAGAGUGGGCUCAAAGAGCCCACUGGUUGGCACUGGGACCAGUGACGAUGGACAGCUGAGGACACGUGGAGAUUCACAGAUUCUGGAACAGUCUUCAGCAGACUGAAAAAGCAGCGGUUUCUGAGAUGAAACCACAUCCCUUUAUUCUGGAGAUGACAGGAUGCUGUUGCCCAGGGGAGAGCCCUAGGCACGGACAGUAUCACCCAGCCACUCUGCACGGUGGGAAGGGAAGAGGCUGCAGCAUCGGAGCAGAAACGAGUGAUGUCACCACCACUUAAUUAGCCCGACUUUUUUUUUUUUCCUUCUUCUUUCAAAACUUGACAUUUCCUGGAAACUACGUGAGCAAAAGUGCAGCAGAUGGGUUGGAAACCUGAGUGCAAAGCAGAUGUGGGCACGUCCUGUCCUGCCUUCCAAGCCCUUCUAUAAAUUCUUUGCAAGUGACGUCUGUUUUGGGGAAGUGAUUUAGAUGGCAGUUAGAGCUACUCAAUGUUGCACCCAGAAAUCAGAGAGGAGGGAAGGGGGCAGCAAGCUGGAAGGAGGAAGGGGAUGUGCAUGGGUUUGGGCAAGCACAUAAAGGAAUGAAAGGAGGAGGAAAGAAUGAAAAUGUGACACCAGAAGUUUGGAUGGGCACGGAAAGAAAAGAGAGGGGAAGAGCAAGGAUGAAGCGGAGCUGGGGAAAGCUGGAGAACGAUCCCCAGCCAGCCCCCCGAGCAGCAUCCCCGAAGCCCCACAGCCUGGGUGCAGCUCUCUGCCCAGCCACGCUGUCCCCAUUCAGCAUGGGUAAGGCAGCUGCAGCGCUUCCCUCAGUGCCCAUCACCGUCCCCCCAGGGCUAGGCAGCAGCAGACAAGGAAAGCAAUGGCAAACCACACGUGGGCCCAAAUUAACACGCAGCCGUGUGGUCACUGGCAUGUCCCCAGCUCUCCUGCCACAGCACUGCUCUGGCCGUGCCUUCAGCCCAGCCCGGCACCUUCCCUUCUCCACCAGGCACCGCAGAGCUGGGCUGAGAAACAGCUGAACUAAGGCAUCCCUGCGAUCAAAGCCCCUCGCCACAAAGCCAGCUCUGCUGGCCUGCAGCCCCACGGCUGUCUCCAGAACCUAUCUCCAGCCUACGAGCAGGUAAAUGCCUUUGCUGUCGCAGGAUGAGAGCCAGCGGCCAAAUUUAACAAAAGCAAUCAGGGACCUUCUUCUAUGUUUUUUUGUUUGUUUGGUUGGUUUGGUUUGGUUUUAAACCUGAAGCUUUGGGGACCAAACUUGGCUCUCUGGAACUGGGAACCUGCAGCUGCUCUGCCUUGUCCUACCUGUGGCCACGGUAUCAGCCAUUCCCCUGCGAUGUGUCAUUUGCCUCAAUACAGACAGCUCCCACUCCAGAUGCUCCUCGCGUGCCUGACAAGGCUUAAACAAGUCCUGCUGACCUACUCAUUACCUCCGUGGCUCUCUGCACCCCUUGGCCCUGUCUCUGUCUUGCUUAACCUUAAUCAUUCUGAUUCCUUGGGGCAAAUGCUGAUUCGCCAUUCAUGCUUCAUAUGUUACCCAUACUUAAUAAACAGCAAUUACUUAUGGAAUCUUGAUAUAUAAAUUAUUUCACUAAGCAUACAUAUAUUGAGCCAAUAACCCUACAAGGUGCUUUUCCAGAUGGCUGGGAUAAAUCUCCAUGUACCAAGGGAAAGGUGACAGGACUCUAGGUUUGUCUGCACAGAGAGCACCCACAAGUGACCCCAUGGUGGUUUCAGCUGCCCCGUGCCCACCCCCAGACCUCAACCUACCGAACAACCACACUGCAAGCUCGAAGCAAUGCGUUGCCUUGCUGCAGACAUCUCCAAAAUGGGAGACCCUCAGAUGACGCAACGUCUUUGGGUGGUAGCUCCUUCAUCUGAAUGGAUCAGGAUCAAGCCAGACCAGGCUGCACAGACACGGGCAGUGACACCACGGGAGAAGGACACAGCAGUUGGCUGGAGGUGGUUGAACCCUUUAUCAUAUUCUCCACCUCAUCUUCAUCACAUCUCCACCUCUCCUAUUCACAGAAUGGUUGAGGUUGGAAGGGACCUCUGAAGAUCAUCCAGUCCAACCCCCUUGCUUCACAUCCUUUUUCAGCUUGUUUUGCCGGGCAGUCAACAUGGCUGGCACCAAAUCUCAAAGCCAGAUUUUGGAGAACAGCCAUUUCCAAACUGAACCAAAUACCUGGCUGAGGAGGAGCAUCGAGAACAUCAGCAGGAAGAGAAAAACACCCUGACUCAGCACUGCCUCUCCCACAGGGCAGGGAAGACAGCAAGGGAGAGAAACACGCAGAGAGGCUUUGGCUGCACACCAUGUGAAGCAGCCCUCCCUUCUCCAUCCCAGGAACAGGGUCACAGGCUUCCGCAUUUAAGUGCGCCUAAAAGACCAAAGAGCAGUAUCAAUCUCAGGAUCAGGAUUGGGCUGUUGUAGCACUGCCGAGGAGUAAUGCCCUUAACUAGACUGAAUCAGGGUUCCCUAGGACCUAGCGCCAGCAGCAGCACUGUCUUCCCAUAAAGGGACAAGCUUGGGUCCCCAUCUCACCCCACUGCCUAGCAGGUGGGAGCACAGGAGCUUCAGCUUGGUGCCUAGAAAGGAGAGGUUAGAAGGCAAGUUAAUCCUCUCUUUGCAAGCUCUUCCCACAUAUCCUCGCAUCACCUGCCAGCAGAGAUGACCACUUGCAAACACUUUCCUUAGAGGGUUAUGGCAAAUUUUACCCGUCCUGGAAGGAGGCAGAGCUUUGAAAAACCUUGCUCAUCUCAGGGUAGAGAGGCCCCGUUGCUACUACUGGAAAAUAGCUUUCCUUCCUGCCUUUCCCAAGCAUGAAAGUGAGCUUUAAUCCUAAGUCAUCUUCCUCCAGCAUCUUUCUGUGGCAGAAUGAUCCUACCUCCCUCUCCAGCACCUGAGCAGCACCUAGCAGAGAGGACAUGGGAUAUGGUACAUGACCCUAUACAGGAACCAGGACUCCAAAACCAGAAUGUUACAACUAGAUCUGGACAAAAGUUCAUUAUUGUUUUAAGCCCUGACAUUCUGCACUGCGCGAUGCCAUUUCAGCCAGACUGGAUGAUCUUACAGGCUGGAGCCAGCGUUAGAAGUUUCAUUUCAAGAAAGAGAUAACAGGGAAACAAAGGAUCGAUACUUGCAGGAGAAAGGAGUAGGGACUGAUGCUCAGGGAGAUGUGGUUGCCAACGCAGUGACCAGCAGCGCUUUCUCUGCAGCAGCACUCCCUGGGAUAUUGCAAAACACCAUCGUGCUAGUACCCAGCCUAGCUCCGUGCAGAAUACAGCUCCCAGCUGCUAUUAAAUUGAACUAGCUUAAUUUCACCUCUAUCUCCUUCCCUUGGAGGGAUCAUUCCUAGGGAGCCAUCACAACUGCCCUCAGUACAAGAUGAAGCAAAAAACCUGCCACGUGGCCCCGUGACCUGAUGCUAAUCAGCAACACUGAUGUGCCUGCAACCGCAAAGCCACAAACGAGCAGCCCACGAUGAGAUAAUCUCACCUCACCUUGCGAGAGCCAUGAGCUUUGUCAUCUCUCAACCAUAUAUUUUGUUUUAAUCCUCAAAAUAAAGCAUCGGGAUUAAGGUGGAAAAUUUGACAUGGAUCCAUUCAGUGAGGGACUCGGUAUUCAAAUGGAUUAUCACAGGAAACACGUGAGGCGAGAUGGACGUGCCGCUGGGAAAGCACACUGUUCUUGGCAAAACACUGAAACUACGCUUGAAGAAAAGGAUAACCCUACCAGAAUGGGUCAGCUUCCCUGUGAAGCCUUUCUAAAGCCAAAAACUCCUACUAUCAUCAGACACGUUUCUUGUUGAAGCAGGUCUGCGACAGACCCAAGCUUUCUCCCACUUCAUUCGGCAGGGAAAUUCCCAGCUUGCCUUCCAACGCGGGGCAGAAGCAGCCCGUAAAACAGCAGCUUUCCCACAAAAUGGAAAUUGCAGAUUUUGGGCAGAGAAGACCAUCCCCUUUCCUGAGAACACUGCAAUGCUAAUAAAGCAAAGGAGGCAGAAGUGGGUGUUCUCCUGUCCUGCUUUUUCACAUGAGAAACUGAGUUAAAGCAGGAAAAUGCUUUCAAGAGAGCCGUGUCCAACGUUGGUUUAUACCUAGGUCCAAACAAGUAUUUAAGGGCGUGCCACCUCAGCAGGCUAGAAUUUAUUAAAAGAGUGGUUUUUGGUGUCUCCAAAGUUAGCUUUUACACAGCUUUCAGGGAGGGGGAACGCAGGUGUCAAAGAUGGACAUGGGCACUUUUAAGAUCCAGCUUGGUGUCUAGAGGUUUUGAAGGCCCCUGUUGCUGCCAAGGCAGAUGACCAAAUGACCUCAAGGACUCUUGGCCCACACACCUGGGGUCUCCAGACCAGACCUAUCAUCCCUAAAACACUCAGACCAUCAGAAGCUUGUGUGAUGCACCUGCAUGGUCAACAGAAGACCAUGAGCAAGUCUAAUUAUGACGAGUUUGAGACACGUUUCCAAACUCCUGCCCUUAGCAAAUUCUGACUCCUUCUUUAUGAUUUCCUCAGCCAAACACUCCCCACUCCCAAAAAAAUCACCAUCCCUUUGGCUGGAGACCAGCCAUGGGCUGAACCCGGGCUCCGUGAGCCAAGCACGACGGCAGCAGCCAGGCUCAGAGCCGUCCUCCCCGAGCCUGCAGCAGCCCAGCUCCUUUGACUGCUUUCUUCACCAUUUAAGGAUGAGGAAAGCAGCCGCUUGGGGCCCGGCGAAUUACCUGUGAGUGAUUUGUUUUUGCUGUGAGUGCCUAUGCCCUCACCACACAAACAAGCUCCUGAAGAAAGGAGGGUACAGAGAGAGGAGGAAAAAAAAAAGAGAAGCCAACAGGUUGAUCUGGAUUACAUCAACGGUUACACCCUCCUCCGUUUAAUGAACAUAGGAGAACAGGUGCUUGUAAUUUAUUAGCCAACCCACGAGCUGAGGAGACAGGAAUUAGCCGACCAAGCUCCUCAGCGUGCCACUACUCUCCUUCCCUUUGAGGCAGCAGCAGCAAGAAAACUUCAUCUUUUUUUUUUUUUCCCUUCCCUCCUUUCUCCUCCCCUAGAGCUGCAGAGCCACAAGCUGAGCAUGACUAACCCUUGCAAAGCCUUCACUAGUGGCUCCCUCUCCUCCUGGGAGGUGUCAGGGAAGAUGAGCAGAGGAAAAGCAGCCAGCACGUCCCCAGAUCGCCUGGGCCGCUGCAGCCCCAACGGCGUGGCCAGCAAUGGCUACAGCUCCCUCAGCCUCCACGGAGAUGGCGGAUACCAGUGCUCCUCUUACUUCUCCAUCGACGGGAGGCUCCUGGCUCCCGUGCACCUUGAUAUCGACACUGACUUCCAAGCCAUGCGGCAGCAGGAGACAGAGGACAUCAAGUUGCUCAACAACCAGUUUGUGACCCUAAUCGAGAAGGUCCAGUGCCUAGAGCAACAGAACAAGAUCCUGACGACACGGUGGAAUUUCCUGAAGGAUCAAGACAAUUCCCACUCCGAAUCAGACAUCAAGGCCAUCUACGAUCAGUACAUGAGCAAAAUGAAUCAAGAGAUGAAGGCACUCAACUAUGAGCAGGAAAAUCUCGAGUCGGAGCUGACAAAGGUCCUGAGCAGCAUGGAUAACUUUCGAAGCAAAUAUGAGGAUGAAAUUCGCCUCUGUAGUGGCAUGGAAUACACCUUCAUGGAGCUCAAAAAGGAUUUAGACGCGAGUACCUUGCACAGAACUGAGCUGGAGGUAAAACUCAAUGGGCUUCAGGAGCUGAUGAAUUUGAAGAAAGCCGUCUAUGAACAGGAACUCGAGGAGCUGCUGACAGAAAUUAAGGACAUUUCUGUUGUACUGGGAAUUGACAACACAUGCAAGCUCGAUCUGAGCAGAAUUGUGGAAGAAGUGAGGGCUCAGUAUGAAGCCCUGGCUCUUCGGAGCUGGGAGGAGGCUGAAACCCUUACCAGGAGAAAGCUGAACGAAGGAAACACCCAGUCAGCCACCUAUGGAGGUCACCUCCUUGAUAGCCGACGAGAGAUUGCAGACCUAAACAUACAAAUCCAGAAGCUGAGGUCCUGCAUCGUGUCCCAGAAAAGCCAGUGCCUGUACUUAGAGGAGAAUAUCAAAGAAGCAGGAGAGCACGGUGAGACGGCCCUCAAGGAUGCCAAAGCCAAACUGGUCAAGCUAGAAGAGGCCCUCCAAAAGAGCAAGGAGGAUAUGGCUCACCUGGUGAAGGAGUACCAGGAGCUAAUGAACAUCAAGCUGGCCCUGGACUUGGAGAUCCUCACUUACAGGAAGCUCGUGGAAGGGGAGGAAAGCAGCAUGGAGUCACCAAUACCCACAGUCAUCAGUGCCGUGCACUCCAGACCAAAGCACCCAGUUUCUGCCAGCACCUUAAGGAACUCCAAGCUGUUUGCAAGAGGAACAGGCAGCACCAACGGGGAGAUGAAGCUGAACGGAGGCAGCACAAAGACCCUGCCCUCUAGAAGCCUCAGCAGCGGCUCAGCAACACCUGAAGCAGAUGCUUCCAUCUGUGGUGCCCGGCCAAAGUUCAGCUCCCUGUCCUCUGAAGAAUGCUCCUAGGAGAAACGGAGCCCCGCAGCACAACCACAAGACUCGUUGGCAUCUGCAGCCAAACGAGGCCAGAGUACUUUCUCCUGAACUCAAGCCAACGUCCAAGGGAUGAAGGAUGAAAAUCCAUUCCAGGCUGUCUCUUUUGUCUUUACAACAUCCCAGUUAACAUCUGUUACCAGUUACAAGCAGAAACCAACCCAGGCUUUUAGAGCCUCUCCUACUCUGAUACCCAUACUGACAUCUUCCUCUCUAGGUCUGCUUCCCGAGAGGAUUUGCAUUCAUAACCUUUGAGAUCUAUCUAUAGGAAACUUGGCAGGAGGGGAAAGUAUUAUUACACAAGCUUUCAACACACUAGCCAUCAGCCCAGCCAUUUUACCAGUAUUACAAAAAUCAUUCUCUGCUCUGUGUGUGCCUGAGAGGUGUUCGCUGAUGCGGCUUUCAAAGGAAGGCAGCGCCAAGGUUUCCAAACGGAGCUGGUGGAGAGAUGCAGACAAUCAGCCUGAGCCAGGUGAAUUUGCAACAUCUGGAUUUGCAUGUCUGGUGACAAACAUGCUGGCUGUGCUUGGGAAUCCUUGCCUACUUCAGAGUAUUUAACCAAUUCUACUGCCUUUUGGGUGGCCCCCCAUUCCUUCCAUGCCACCAAAACUAAAACUCCUUACACUUUUGAUAAGCCACCUUUCUAACAGAGAACAUCUCCACUCGUCUCACCUAAAGGCACUCCAGACUCCACAUGCAGUGGUGCUAGGUCCUAGAAAUGGGAUUUUCUCUCCUUCCCAUUUAAGUAAAACAAGCAGGACUUGUCUUUGUAUUUAUUGAACUUCUGUAGUGGCUUUCACCUUACCCAGCUGACACCAGCUAAUGCACGGCAGCCACACUGCACCAAAGCUCCUAGAGCCAGCUCUGCAGAUGCCAGCUGCAGUCCCGGCCUCAGCACAGGCAUUUCUGGGUCCCUCUUGCACAAACUACCACAGGCAGUGCCCUGCAGUAUUCUCCUUUAUGAGGCCAGGCUCUGACCUCAGUCACUGCCACGCAGCCCAACUCGAGUUCACGGAUUUUGAGUUCACAGGAGGUGUUAAUAGUCUCUUGGUAUAUUUCCGUUGAGUGCAUCACAGCAUUUCCAUGUUUCUGUAGGAUAGACAGCUACUGUAGCAUCUCUGUAACCAGAACACCUGCUCUCCGGGGUUAUGGCUGUUAUAAUAAAGUAUUGAGUGACACGUGGAAA